AUGAAAGUUCUACAACGGGCACACAGGACUAGACGUCGUCGCUUAUGGCCAGAAAUCGCCAUUGCUCUCACGAUCAUUUGGAAUUUAUCUAAUGGAUGCCAGGAAGUUGACAUCUUUGAUCACCAGACUUACUCCUGCAAAGAAUCCGUCGCAGAAGAGCUGUGUACUGUUGACACACUCGAAAUCGUAAAGAUUCAUCCAUUCAAGCAGGAGGCUUGCCUUCGCCUGACAAGCAACAGCACAAGUCUUCUAGAGGUGAAACUGCUAUGGAAAGCACUUGAUCUUAUUUGUGAGAAGGAGACCGUAAUGUUCACUCGAAACACCACUUAUGGACUUUUGGACAGCAAACGAUGCCCUCACAAAGGAUUAUGUGUUGGUCAGAAAUGUGGAGAACAAGUAAAUCACCUCCCAGGUGUCACAGGGUGCGUAGAAAGCUGUGGAGGACUCGGCUGUGAUUGCUUCUAUCCCAGCUCAGGCUGCCUUUUCUACAGGAUAUACCUCACUCCGAACGAUGACUUCGUUUAUAAUGUAUUCCGGUGCACAAGAUGGAGGCCUUCCGUACAUCUAGAAAUGAUUACAAAUCGAGUCAACAGGCCAAUCAAAAUACACCAUUUGAACAUCAUCCCGAAUCAACCACGACUUGUGCCUCCCGCAACCAUCACGCUUUCAUCAGUAAGCGUACCUCCGGUUCCACUGCUUGGACUCACUUUUUAUCACAGACGGACCCAUACAGCCAUAGCACCGUCAGGAUAUCUGCCACCGCUCAGAUGCAGUUCACCGGAAGAAGCUACCGGA